UAGGAAAAUUCUUAGAAAAUUAAUUGGAACAUUAUCCCACACAGGUACGUAUGCGUUUCUAGCGUCAACAGUCGUCUUCGUCGUGUAGUACUUAUUCUGCGAUUAAGCGACGUCCUUUCAAAGUCACAGCGCCGACUCCAUCUGUUGAUCGAGCGUCCAGCUCCGCUGUGUACAUAACAGUGAUGUGGCAGACCUCGUUGAACUAAGUUUAGUUACGGUAGUUAGUUAGUUAGUGGGAUGGGAACGGGUCACUAGUGUAGGAACGAGCGGAAAAGGAUGGCCGGCGAAACGGCGCACUCUUCACCCCCAGAUUCUAUUGAAGAGCUGGCUCGGUGCUCCAACUGCCACCGCGUCUUCGACGAGGCCGAGCACGAGCCCAAGCUUCUGCAGUGCCGACAUUACUUCUGUCUCACUUGCACCCGCCACGUCCUCGGCGCCGGGAGGGAGAUAUACUGUGUGCAUUGCUGGAAGCGAACCGUACCACCUGGAGGAUUGGUUGAUCAUUUGCCAACGCACGCUCCGGUAUUGGCAUUGGCUCUUAGACUUCAGAAUCAAGAAUCAGAUGCGCUGUCGGUUGAAGAGCAGGAUGUCUGCGCUCCGCAUGUGAUGCCAGCGCUCUGGUGUGCUACUUGCAAUGUGCUAGCCUGUCGUGCGUGUACUGAGCAUACCUCGCAUAUGCUCCGUCCAGCAGCGGAAGUCCGAGCGAUGCUACUCCGAGACGCAAGGGCAUUGCAUUCAGAGUUGACCCAGCUAGCGGACCGCCAGCGGAACUCGCUGCUUCGAGCUUUAGACGCCGCUACUGCCCUCAAAUUGACACUAGAAGGGGAAUUAGCAUCGCCAGUCGUCGAACCAGAGCCAUCAGCAAAUGUGGCAUUGCCGGUUAUUGCCGCUGAACGAGAUCGCUUGAAAGCGUUGUACGAUCGAACGCUGAUAAACUGUCGGCUGGAUGAUUUAGCGCGCUGCUCUCUAGCGCCAGUUAAUUUCGAUUUGCUGCGGAAUGCAUUAGCGGCGGUUGAGGUUCCAGGGCCGCCGGAAGCGGUCGAUCCAGUGCUUUUCUUAGCCAAUUACUGUAUGGCGCAGUUAUUCGCUCGCUCGUUGUCUGCAGCCGCGCCUCCGUCCCCUUCAACAAGACCUCACUUCUUCUUCGUGCUUGAAGUGGACGGAGCUCCUGCAGGCCGUGUGGUCAUCGCUUUACGAGACGACGCAGCGCCGCGUAUGUCCCGCAACUUCGCCGCUCUAGCUACCGGGGAGCUCGGUGUAGGCUAUCGCGGCUGCUGCGUUUUCCAAUGCUGGGAAGGCGAGAGCGUUAUAACUGGAGAUUUUGAACUAAACAACGGUCGCGGUGGACGCAGCGUUUACGCUGAAGGGUACUUCAUGCCGGACGACUCUCGGCUGCCGGCCGUGCGCGGUUCUGUUGGUAUGCGUCGAUCGCAGAAGCGGCACGAUAUGCUCGGAUUGGUCGGAUCGCAGUUUAGGAUUAUACUGCGUGAAAUGCGCGGUUUCUCCGCGAUUUUCGGGAAUGUUGUCGAAGGCCUGGAGAUUGUAGACCGGCUUAGUAGCACGGGUGAUCCGGCCGGCAAGCCUCACAGCUCCAUCGUCAUCUCCAACUGUGGCCGUCUCUAACUUCUACCUCUACUUUUCGCAGAUCAUCUACGGUCGGCGCUAUUUUUAUAGAAGUUUUGAAGUAUUUAGAGCUUGUUGUGGUUCGGUUGCUACCACUUAUAAAUACAUAUAUUUUGUUAUUGAUGUGACUGAGGCCCAGCCUCACGUAGCUAUAAUUAGUGCAAGUAUUAUAUUAAUGUCAAUGUAACGGCCCGCUUUAGGGUAAGAGAUAUAUAUUUACACGCGGCGCCGCUAAGGGUCUAAGACUGUGAUGUAAGCUUUACGGAAAGGAACGACUUGAUUGUUAUAUUUUAUUUUUAUUUAUCGGAGUUUAUCAGGGUACUUCCCAUUGAACUAUAAAGUCGUUUAGAAGUAGUGUUUAAAUUCUUAUUUCCAUCGAAUGGAGUGUUAAUGGGAGGUAGCCUUCGUAUCGUGCUGUGUCGUUUGCUUCGACCGCAUAGUAAUUCGCACUGUUAACUGAUAAUACAUAAUCCUUAUUGCAAAGACAUAAGGUUCAUCGAUGGUCAGUUAAAGAGUUUCGCUGUUAUAGUAAAACCAAACACAAGCUGCACGCGAAUAGGUACCUAGUGUCUUUCACACCUACCCACCGUCGUCCCUAGCCAUUGGACAAAGCCGAAAUGUACAUAUGCAUUAGGGUAUUUAGAACCAGUAUACAAAGUAUCAUAACAACCGGUGUAGCGGUUUCUAAGAAAUUAACAAAUUACCAUUUUUUAUUGGGAGCAGCCUGUAUGUGUUAGUACCAUUUUUUACUUGGAGCAGUCUGUAUGGAACCUUCUUCGACCUUUUUGAUUAUCUUUUUUAUUUAACACACUAAUAAAGCUUCUGACUUUUGAAAAAUGUCAUCAUUAUCAAAUAUUUCGCACAAAUCGUCAAAAACACUGCCAAAGAUUAACACUGUGAUUAACAGUGUCGAUUAUUGCAAAUAACUUUUGUUCGAAAAAAAUAUUUGUUUUAUCUUUAGUUCUAAUUAAAAAAAUAUUAACGUCAGAGCAUUCCUGAUAAGUAAACCUACGUGGGAUUUCAGGGUUUGUCCAAUGGCUACGGUCAAAAGGUUGUCCGUCACUUUCAAUCGCGCUGUGUUAAAAAGUGACGGUGAUUUUGUCACGUGGAUAAAGCUAUCUAUAACACGCCUGCUGAACCGCAUAGACAGACGUACAUCCACCUAUUUCAUUUAUCAAAUUCGAGGCUGGAUUUUUUUUCUAGCACCAUCUAUGAAUAAUAUCGCAUAGUAAUAAGUAAAUAAGUAUAAUAGUAUGUAGUCGCCGCGGAUGGCAGUCGUUGUUGUGUUGUUGUUACCAUCCACUUACUACGCUGUGGAUGUUUGCUCUGUCGAUAAAUCUUCAAGCAGC